AUGAACAUUGCUACUUUGAACAUCCUCGAGCCAAGACCAAUUGAUACAAGGCGCAUGAUACCAGUAGAAAAUUUGCCACUCAUCCAAUCUACUCUGAACGAUCGCAUCCUUUUAGAUCUGCAUCCUUGGUUGGUUAUAGAUAGAACGGACUUCCGAUCCUCCCAUAACGAUUCACAAUCCAAGAAGAUCCGUCCCAAAGCCAGCAAUGAUGACUCACCGAAAAGAGAGCACAUAUCCCACUUUGUGAAUGACACUAUAUCUCCGUUGGUGGCAUCGUCCGCAGUUGAUGAAACUGAGAACGGACCCAAAACACAGGCUCCGGCAAGGAAACAAGCAUUGGCUGACGAGUCAGACGAGCUUUCCGCAGCUGGAGCUCCAGAGGCUUCUUCAGAUCCCUUAGUCUUUCGAUCGUCUCAGCUUGAACAAUGGAACACCAGAUAUCAAGAACUGAUACAAUUCAAGGAAGAGUACAACCAUUGCAGUGUUCCACUGCACUAUCCAAACAACCCAAGUCUUGCCCACUGGGUAAAGCGACAACGCCACCAGUACCGAAUGAAGAAAGAGAAAAAACGGUCGACAUUGACUGAUCAACGGCAAGACAUGCUGGAAUCUCUUGGGUUCAUCUGGGAUUCUCAUGCAACUGCAUGGGAUGAAAGAUGGGAUCAGCUAAGUAAGUUCAGAGAUGAGCAUGGACACAGCCGAGUACCUAAAAAGUACACACCGAAUCAACCAUUGUCGAUUUGGGUCAAGUGUCAGAGACGGCAAUUUAAGUUGUUCUCUCAAGGAAAGCCAAGCAACAUGACUAUCGAGCGUAUUAGAAUGUUGAAAGCGUUAGACUUUGUCUUUGAUCCUAGAUCAAGAAAGUAA